AUGCUUGGAGAUUUGGAUUAUCUUCCGGAGGAAGACAAGAUUAGAAUGUCUUCCAUGAUCGACCAGCUCCAGAUCUGUGACAGUUUGAGGAUGUACAGUUCAUUAGUGGAAAGAUGCUUCACUGAUUGUGUGGACACCUUCCGACGCAAAUCCCUAGACAAACAAGAGGAGACCUGUGUUCGCCGUUGUGCUGAGAAGUUUCUGAAGCACUCUAUGCGUGUUGGCAUGAGAUUUGCAGAGCUCAACCAAGACCAGAUCCCCUCUCUCGCUCAGAUCCCUCUCUCAGAUCCCCUGUGCUUGCCGUCCGCCAUCCAAUUGCAGCCCCCCCAGUCUUCUCCGACGAGGAAGGCUAGUCUGACGAAGAGGAACACUCCGGCGGUGCUCUCUCCAUUUCUCCGCUAG